AUGGUGUCCUCUGGUCCGUUGCUCGGAGAUGCGGGCUCGCUUCCACCAUUAUGUCAAGGAUUCUGUGGUCGUUAUAUGCUACCUAUCGGGAACGACAGCAGCUCAGAGCCUCUCUGGUCACAGUGUGGACCGUGCAAGUGGGGAAGUGGUGCGGUAGACCAUCGUGUAUGCACUCCAUGUGAAUCAGAGUUGUCUGCAUACGAUUGGCUGUUUCUGAUUUUUAUGGCUAUUCUUCCUCUCCUCGUCCACUGCUUUUGUGUGCAUUGGCAUACACCGAAGAAAACGUCCCGUGUACAUGAGUUGUGCGAACAUCUCUGUUGUGUCCUUGAAUGUAUUGCUGCUUCCAUUGCCACUGUGCUAGUAUUCCCACCACGACUUUCGUUCAAAUUAUGGGGUUGUGCAAGGUCGAAUAUCAAAGAGUGGUACCCCGAAUUGUAUAACCCCAUCAUCAAUCAUGUGAAACCCAUGCGCUGUUCCUAUGAAGUGGUUUUUCCUUUGUACUCCCUGCCGUUUAUCUACCUGCUUUUUCUACUGUGUGCGAUAUUGGUGUUUCGCUCAUUCCUGUAUCUUGUGGUUCUGAAGCGAAAAAGAGAUGCUAAAGCAUAUUAUUACGCAUUAUUAUCAGUACCCAAAGUUGCUGUUAUUCAUGCACUUCUGGCGGGCGUAUUGUACCAGUCUUAUCCGUAUAUUGUGAUGUUGUGGAGCCUGUGUGCAAACGCGAUACAUUUGGCUGCCGAAGGCAAAGUCUCAAUGAAGGAAAUAGCGAAGAUCGUGUGCACUUCUCCCAUGCACAUUGCUAUGCUAACGGUGAACAUGUCCUUGUUGGCAUUUGCUCUGCUGGCCAUCUCAGUGCAGAAGGACUCGGCUGUAAGCUUCUUCUCGCUUUUGCUCGUCCCGGUGCCACCAUUAUUUUACAUCUUAACUAUUGGGAUAAGUCACCCCAGUGUAUUAUCAGAGGAACAUUAA